AAAAAAGUAAGUUUUUUUGCCCCCCAUCCCCACCCGGGGCUAAGAACCAAUUUUUGCCCCCUUGAGGGCAAUAGUACCCCUGUGGAGAAUGCAUUAGAGACACACAGAGUCAUUUUCUGAGCCUUUACACACCAUCCCUACAUCCAAUGAGAUGGUAUUAGUCCCACUCUGCAGAUGAACCAACCAGGGCUGGGAAGUUACAUGAAUUAUUGAGAAUCGAAAUGGCUGGUUACAUGGAUUGGGAAUCCAGAGACCUAUCAAGGUCCUAGCUUAGCUGCUUAAUUAUCUUUUCCAAAGCUUUGUUUCCUCACGUGAAAAAUGGUGGGAUUGGUCCCAAAGAGGUGUUCUCUGUUAGGUUGUUGGUUUUUCUCCCUGUUUGAUGUAAAAAUAAUGAAUAUUUAUACAGUGUUUACUAGAUGUCAGGCACCAAUCUAUGCCCUUUACAUAUAUUUUAUUAACCAAUGCAAUCCUCAUAAUAACCUAAGAGGGAGAUGCCAUUUUUACUUUUCUUUUACAAAUGAGGCACUUGAAGCACUGAGAGGUUAUGUCACUUGCCCAAAGUCACACAGGCAGUAAGUGUCACACCUGGGAUUUGAACCUAGUAGUUGAUUUCCAGAGGACCUGCUUUUAAUCAUGUGCUUUUUAAAAGGAAACUUUUUAUCCUGUCGAAACUAUUAUCACUUGUUGUCAAUGGGAGGUAACAAAAAAUAAAUAUUGUACAAUGAAAAAAAAAACUUGUUCUAACAUUCUAGCUAGAUACUAUCUAUGGCUUGCUCCAAAUUCUUAGCUGAAGGCCUGCUCUCUGUUAAAAGAAGAAGAAGAAGAAAAAAAAGACAAGAUAAGCAAGGAUAGAGAGGUGUUAAAGGGCUUUUGGCAGCAAAAGGAUACUUUCUCCUGGGAUAAUCAGAAGUGUUGAAAGAGAGUUGGAAAGAAUAGCUUGCGUGUGUGCGGGCGUGCUUUCUUGCUGAUGCGUGUACCGCCUAAAAUAAACCCAAGAUGGCAUGCAUUCUGCAUACCGUGGUCCCUUGUCUGGGCGUUCUGGAAGUGUCGGAACAUCCCCCGGGGAAGGGAGGCAGGCCAGUCAGUGUGGCGUAGGGGCGCGGGCCCUCGCUCCACCUGCCGACGGUAAGCAGGCGGCAGAGUCCGCGUGGAGAGGGUCACCGUCGGGGUGGCGCUGCCCAAGUGCUCAUCCAGGCUCGCCCUGUGGCAGCCUGCUUUGCCACCCCAGCCUGGCUCCCCCAGGUGGGUGUCUCACUCCAACGCGUUCCUCACACUUAUCACACAAUUUACCCUGGGCCUGAAGUUUACCGUUUCCUGCUACUUCAGGCUCCCCCGUCCAAAUGCUGUCUUGCGCAUCCUCUUUACCUGGUGCAGCCAGCGCCGCUGGGGCCCUGCAGAGGUGUGCAAGGGUGAUAUCAUCGAAGGCUGUGAAUAAGUAAACAAUAAGCAGCCAGAAGUGGCCUGUUUCCCACAUGAUACCCAGGGAGGGGUCCGAUUCCCCCUCUGUUCUCUGGGGAGAGUCCUGGCCAGCCAGCUGGAGCAUUUAUUAUUUAGUGCUUUAAUUGUACCUGUCCCAGGUUAGGUGCUGUUCCAAACCAGUCCAGUCCCACCCUUUAGCUGUGCAACAGAAAAAGCCGAGGGGCACCACAGGUGAGCUGGAGUCAGAAAACGUAGGGUCCAGGCCCUUUUUUCUCCCAUCGAUUGGCUGUGUGACCUUGAUCAAGUGUCAGAACCUCUCUGAGCCUCAGCUGUAGACACACAAAGUCCCAUUGCCAGGGCUGAAAUCCUAGUUCUGUCACUCACUAGUCAAGAGAACUUGUGCGAGUCAUUUAAAGCCUCUGAGCCUUAGGGACAAAAGUGGGGACAAGGGCAGUGCCUCUCCAUAAGGCUGCUGGGAUGACUGAUAAGAUAUGUGCAAAGCUCUGUUACCAUGCAGCAUGUAGUGAAUACUCCUUGUAAUAGUCAUUAAGAGUUGCUGUUGUUACACUUUUUAAUGAGCCCUUGUUCUAUGCCAGGUACUCUACCUACAUUUUCUUUAAUCAUUACAGGGAGCCCUGAGAAUCUCUUACGGAAUUCCCACUUUCUAGAUAAGGAAGACUGAGGCUGAGUGGGCCCAAGGUCACACAGACACACAGGGGCAGAACAAGAAUUCAAAUCUGGAUCUUACCCAGUUCUAAAAUUUUUUUUCAACCGGGCCAUAAUUCUUUGUCAUCUAAAAAAUGAGGAAAAAAAAAAAAAAAGGUUUCUGCCACUCAGGUCUACUGUCAAGAUUAAAUAAAGACAAAGUCUACAGAGAGGCCUCUCACUGAUGCUUUGCUGGAGCUCAGUUCAGCUUAGCUUCUUAUUCCCCCAGGGUUAUUACCUAAGCACAAGCCUUUCAUUUUCAUAAUGAGGAGGCUGCUGAACUUCCUCUUCAUCUCUGGGAGGUAAUAUUGUCUGAGGCCCAUAGGAGGGGCUGAAAGUGAGAGAUCAGAUCAGAACUGCCAGAAUCCCUUCCCACAGCCCAGCCCAGGCUUGCUAAGGCUUCUUUCAUCUUCUGGGCUUUCUGUCAUCUCAGGUCUCCCACCCACCCUGUGAUGACUGGGAGGCCAUACCCCUUUUCUCUCUUUCCCAGGGGGCAGUGCAAAACUACAUGUGAUGCUAUCUGACGUCUCCAGCUUUGAACUGUAGGUAGAGGGAGAUCUGAUGGUUAUCCAGCCAUUGUGAAGUCAGUUUCUCCCUGCCUCCAACACAUGGUGUGAUGUGGGAAGAAAUGGGGCCCUGCAAAAGUGGGGUGCAUACGUCAGCCCUCCUAUUGGCUUGCCUUGCCAUGAGCAGGCCCUGUGCACUGUCCACCCUCCUGCAUAAUGUAUGAGCCCCUGGUAGGAACGAAAUACCAUCGGCGGUGAGUGUGACCACUGUAGGUCGUGGACGUGGCCAGAGCCUUGCCAAGACUCACCUCUCGGGUGUUGGCAGGAGCUGAAGAGAGGGGAGGGAGUAGGUGUCACCUGAGGCCUUUCCUGGGGCUGGCCUCAAUGUGGGCCUUGGGAUUCUGAAAAGAAGAUGGGGGUAGAUAAGAAGACAGCCUCAUGAGGCAAUCUGACCCUGCCUUAGAUUCAGUGAUGGUAACACUGAGGACAGCUAGACUCCUGUGUUCUGAGCUUGAAGCCCCCUCUGAGAGGGCUGGGGGUGGCACAGGAGGUGGCAGGGACCUUUCAGUGUGGCUGAAGGUAAGAGGGGAGAUAUGGGACCCAGGGGCACAGACCCUGGCACUUUCUGUGGCUGCCUCGUAGUGGAGGCAGUCCCCAGGGGCGGCAGCUGAGGUGAGGUCCAAUGAGGUGGAGGACAUGGGCCAAAGUGGGUAUACGGCCGCAGUGCUUUCCGGGGUAAAUGCAAGCACGUCUGUGUCGAAGCAAAAAGGUCAGGAACAAAAGUGGGAGGUCUGAGUGCCUUGACUGCCUGUGAGCUCUGGGAACUAGGGCAUCUGGAUAAGGACACUUCAUCGGCAUCUGGAUAAGGACACUUCAUCGGUGGCAAGAGCUGGAUUCGACUCAUUCAUAGAAUCAGUGAGUACUCAUUGGAAGCCCCAAGGCCAGGCCAAGUGCUAGGGCUCAGGAUAUGGACAUGAAUCCCACCCAGACCUUUGCAAGUCUGACUGGAGAGCCAGGCACUGAAGUGGAGGAUUCAAAUACUUUGUGGUCAAGUGCUAGAAAAGCAGUAUGUAUCCGGGCCCUGAGGUUGGCAGGGAGAGACCUCCCUGAGGCAAAACUGAGCGGAGGCCUGAAGGAUGAGGAAGGAGUUCAGCAGAGGGAACAGCAUCUGCGAAGGUAUGAGCUGUGAAACCCCACACACAGAUUCAGGAACCUUGAACAGACCCUCUGGUGGAAGCCUGAAAGAACCGAUGGGGCACAAAACCACCUUAUUUGUUUACAUAGUAUCUGAUUCCCCCUCCCCCAGUGGGAUAUAAGCUACACGAGGGAGGAUGUUUGUCAGCCUUAUUCUCCACUAGAGACCCGGAGCCUAGAGCAGUGCUUGGGAUCUGUUUGGGGUUGGAUCCACGUAAGGUAGGCAGGGCCCAGGCUGGAAGGGCUGACAGUCAGCUAAAGCACGUGGGCUUUACCCUGGAGUCCGUGGGGGAGCCUUCUGACGUUUAAAAAUAGCCAAGGAACAAGAUCCGUGGGUGGCAGAAAAUCACUUUGACAAGGAUGUGGAGGAGGCGGUUCCGUUUUAUGCAGAGGAGGAAAUGGACUCUGUGACUUGGCGGAAGUCACACGGCACGUCGGUGGUGUACCCCCAGGGGUUCAGUCUUCCGUUUGUGGCGCCGCAAAAGCCGACCCAGGCGGGUGCCGGCGGGAAUUCGCCAUUUCGGUUCAGUAAUGGCGGGAGAACCGGGGAACUGCGCCCGAGAAGAGCUGGUGGGCGCAGGGAACCCGCGGAAAAAAAGGGAAGCGGGGAGAAGGGUUUUUGGGCCUCGGCGGCCGCCGUAGAAGCGGCGCCCCGUCGCCAUGCCAACAGCAGGAAGCCGCGGGAGGUUUCUGGACUGUGCAGCCGCCGCCGCAGAUUGAACCCAACACGGCGCGGAAUCCUGGACCUGCCCUCGGCCCCGAGGGUGCAGCUCCUGAACGGACUGGCGCUGUCCUGCCCCAUGGACGCCUCCUCUAGCCUGCGGAAUCCAACCCCAGCUCCCGUCAGCAGUCCUUCCCUGCUGCUCCCCAUCCCCGCCAUCGUCUUCAUCGCGGUGGGCAUCUAUUUGUUGCUGCUGGGCCUAGUGCUGCUGACUAGGCACUGCCUGCUGGCCCAGGGCUGCUGUGCCAACUGCAGCUCCCCCUGCAGGAAACAAGGUGCCUCCAGGACGCAAGACUGCUGCUGGGCCUGUGCAGAAGCCUGCAACUUCCCUCUGCCCAGCCCAGCCCACUGCCUGGAUGCCUGCUGCCCUCAGCCAACGGAAGCUGGUUGGGCUCCUCGCUGCCCUCGGUGCUGCCCACUCUGCGACUGUGCCUGCGCGUGCCAACUUCCUGACUGCCAAAGCCUCAACUGUCUCUGCUUUGAGAUCAAGCUCCGAUGAGGACCCAGAGUCCCUGCCCUUUGGGGAGCGGCCAGCCCCCAGGGGACCCACCUGCCUUCUUCCCUGAGGGGCCUCAGGACACCUUGCUCCAGGCCACUGGAACCCAAAAUGGCCUGCUCGGCUCGCUGGCCUGGAAACCAGCCGUGGAGACCUUGGCUCCGGGCAGAGCAGGACUCUUGGCCAUGGCCCGCCAGACUACAGCCCCCUUGUGGGGCCAAGAGAGGGGCUGGUGCUCUGGCCGGUGCCCCCUGCCCUCCUCUCCCCCUCCCUAAGUAAACUAUUUGAAGGUGAGGUUGGGGACAUUGUUGACAGCAUUAUGGGAGGAACCUGGGCCUUCAGUAUCGGGAUGUAGGGCGACCCCAGAACGCCUGGCCCAUGGGCUCUUGGUUAUUUUGAGAUGUGUGUGCCUGUAUCUGCUCUCCCUCGAAACAAAUGGGCUCCGGAGAAUCCUAACAGCCCCCAUGAUAGCCCAGUCAGGGAGGGAGAUCAGAGGAGGCUGCAGGGAGGGCCAGGGGGGUCUGAGUCCCCUCCCCCCUCUCCCCAUAGAUCCCUGUCCAAAGAUUGAUUUCUCUUCACAACCUUUUGAGGGCCUCAGUCUAGAUUUCCAAGGAAGAAAUUUCCUCUGAAGUGCCCGGCUGCCUCCUUGCGCUCCGUCCGUCCGUCCACUCGCCGCCCUUGCCUCCGCCGCUUACGCCUGGGCUAGUGACAGAGGA